GGAGAAGGAAGAGGAGGCGGGGGAGGAGAAACUCAAUGCGGCGGUUCGUCUGGACCCGAGCGACCCACGGGACGAUCUGUUGGAGCUGUACUGCGGCAACGGCAACUUUACGAUACCGCUAGCUCAGAACUUCCGUUUCGUGUUGGCGACUGAGGUGGCCAAAUCAUCAGUGGAGGCGGCCAGGUACAACCUGACCGCCAACGCCACCCCCAACGUCUUCCUGGCUCGCAUGGCGGCGGAGGAGUUCGCUGAGACCAUGCGGUCGGGCGGCACCCGGCGGCGGCUGGCGGGGCUGCCCGGGUGGGGGCAGCUGCGGCUGCGCACCCUGCUGGUGGACCCGCCGCGGUCGGGACUGGACCGCUUCACGGAGCAGCUGAUGAAGGAGUUUGACCGCAUCCUGUACAUCAGCUGCAACCCCGCCACCCUGGCCGCCAACCUGCGGGCCGUGGCGGCCUCGCACCGCAUCUCCCGCAUGGCGGCCUUCGACCAGUUCCCGUACACCCACCACCUGGAGUGCGGGG